CCAUCGGCGCCAUCUCCUUUACCUACGUUCGAAUCACCUCCAGGACAGACUCCUCAUUCUCAACUGCUCCCAUGCCAGCCCCACGGAACCUCCCUUGGGACCAGUCCGGAGCCCCCAAAGGCUCCUCCGGCCUCACCAUUCUCCUGUGGACCUGGCCAUACGGCAUCCGCGUGGCCAUAGAGAACUGCACCGAGGUCCUCGGCGUUGCCGACUGCUUCUUCACAGCUGACCGCAAAUGGUACCCCAAGGCUGACGCGGUGCUAGUCCACCAUUACGAUGUUUACCGGAACGCUGCCAAGCUCCCCCAGGACCCACGGCCACCCUCCCAGCGCUGGAUCUGGUACAGCCCGGAGCCACCGAGCAAACACCCUGUCCCCACUUUCAUGGACAACCUCUUCAACCUCACCAUGUCCUACAGGAGAGACUCGGACAUCUUUGCACCGUAUGGAUGGCUAGAAGCCCUCGACCAGCUGCAAGAGGUCAUCAUCCCACCCAAGUCCAAGCUGGUGGCCUGGGUGGUGAGCAACUGGAAGCCCAGCUAUGUUCAGCCUCGGAUAAAAUACUACGAGGAGCUGAAGAAGCACAUCAGUGUGGAUGUUUAUGGACGUGGCCACCAGCCAUUGCCAGGAAACAAACUCCUGUCCACAUUAUCCCAGUACAAGUUCUACCUGGCCUUUGAGAAUUCGCAGCACGAAGACUACAUCACUGAGAAGGUCUGGAGGAACGCCCUGCUCUCUGGGACGGUGCCUGUGGUCCUGGGGCCAUCACGGAAGAGCUACGAGCGUUGCCUGCCCCCGGACUCGUUCAUUCACAUUGACGAUUUCCCUGGCCCUCAGGAACUGGCCGGUUUCUUGCACGAGCUGGACGGGAACACUACACGAUACGCAAGCUACUUCCAGUGGCGGUCCUGGCUGAAACCUGUGCACUACAAGUCCUGGGGCUACCAGUUCUGCAAAGCCUGCCGGGCCUUGCAAGAACUGCCCCCCAUGUACCGGGCUGUGCCAGAGCUGAGCAAAUGGUUCAGGUGAGGGGCUCUGGACUACCUGCUUCUGCCGGCUCACCUGUCCCAGUCCAGCUCUUAGUUGAGGAUGGGUUGAGUGCCCAGC